AGGGGGGUGGGGAGAGGAGAGUGCAAUCCCUGUGUUUGUGUCUCUUUGGCUUUUGCCUGCCACUUCCACUGGGAGACUCAGUUCUGAAAAGGGAAAUGCCUGCAUACAACAGUCCUUAAGUCCUGGCCUGAAAAGGCUAAAAGGGCUCGCCAUUCCUGAAAGCAGGGCUACUCCGGUGGCCCAGGGGUCGGCGUUCCGAGACCCCGAGGGGCACGACCUUUUGGGAGAAUGGGCAGCAGAAUGUAUCCAACUGCCAGACUUGCCCUUCGGCGGAGUCUGCUGCUAUUCGUGCUGGCCGGAGUGCUAACCAAGAGAGCACACGCUGCUGCGAAAAAAUACGAUGUUCCCUGUGGGGGAAGAGACUGCAGUGGAGGUUGUCAAUGCUUUCCCGAGAAAGGAGCACGGGGUCAACCAGGAUCAGUUGGGCCACAAGGGUAUAAUGGACCACCAGGGCUACAAGGUAUUCCUGGACUACAAGGACGCAAAGGUGAUAAAGGAGAACGGGGAGCCCCAGGAAUAACAGGGCCCAAAGGAGAUGUGGGACAAAGAGGUGUUUCUGGAUUUCCUGGCGCUGAUGGAAUUCCGGGUCAUCCAGGUCAAGGUGGACCCCGAGGAAGACCAGGCAGUGAUGGUUGCAAUGGAACCACUGGAGACGCUGGUACACAAGGACCUCCAGGUCCUGGGGGUUUACCUGGACUUCCUGGACCACAAGGACCCAAAGGUCAGAAAGGCGAACCUUAUGCAUUUUCCCAGGCUGAUCGAGACAGAUACAGGGGUGAUCAAGGUGAACCUGGUUUUAUCGGUUUACAAGGACCUCCAGGUCAUCCUGGUCUUCCAGGAAAAAUGGGUCCUGCCGGAGCCCCUGGGCGACCAGGACCUCCUGGGCCUCCAGGACCAAAAGGACAACCAGGCAACAGAGGCCUUGGCUUUUAUGGAGAAAAGGGUGAAAAGGGUGACAUCGGACGAGCAGGACCCACUGGACUUCCAUCAGAUGGUGACCGUGCUACUUCCAUUACUGAUAAUGUGGUGGAUCAACCAGACCAAUAUAAGGGUGAAAAAGGAAACUGGGGGGAGCCAGGCUGGAAAGGAUAUUCAGAAAAAGGCGAAGAAGGAAUAGUGGGCUUUCCAGGACAACGGGGUUGGCCAGGCCUCAAUGGUGAACCAGGAGAACCAGGACAGAGAGGACCUUCAGGACCUUCUGGAUUUCCAGGAAGUGAUGGUAUUAAAGGACCAAGGGGAGACAUUGGUGACCCAGGUCCCCCUGGUCAACCUUCAUAUUCACACCACCCCUCCAUAAUGAAAGGUGUAAAAGGGGAGCCGGGAACCCCUGGGGUUCGCGGCCCUGACGGAAGGCCAGGAGAACCAGGAGAGGCUGGCCAGCCAGGCACAUCAGGGAUAGAUGGAGAUGAACGAAGAGGACUUCCAGGUGAAAUGGGAGCCAAAGGUUUUAGAGGCGAGCCAGGUUUCUCCGCUCUGUACCCAGGACCUCCAGGUAGAGAUGGAAUACCAGGACCUCAAGGACCACAAGGACCUCCUGGUCUACCAGGACCAGAUGGAUUUCUUUUUGGACUUAAGGGAGCAGAAGGAAGUGUGGGCUCCCCGGGCCCUUCAGGGUUCCCAGGGGCAAGAGGACAAAAAGGAUGGAAAGGUGACCCUGGAGAUUGCAAAUGUGAAGUUUCUUCUGUAGGCCUUCCUGGUCCACCAGGACCCAUUGGUCUUCCUGGAACAAAUGGAGAACCUGGGAGAAAAGGAGAAAUCGGUGAUCCAGGCCCCCAUGGUAUUCCUGGUUUCUCAGGCUCUAAGGGUAGCACUGGCGCUCCUGGAGCAGCUGGUCUUAAAGGACAGAAAGGAGACUCUAGAACCAUUACAACAAAAGGUAGCAGAGGUGACCAAGGCAUUCCUGGUAUACCGGGUUUGGAAGGCGAAGAUGGCUUUCCAGGGCAAGAUGGGCUAGAUGGUUUUCCAGGUCUUCCAGGUCUUCCUGGCGAUGGCAUCAAAGGCAUUCCAGGAGAUGCAGGUUUUCCAGGACUACCUGGUUUAAAGGGCACUCCAGGAGAACUUGGUCCUCCAGGCUUAGGUCUACCAGGCCCCAAAGGUGCACGAGGCUUGCCUGGUGACCCUGGAUUAGAUGGGAGUCCUGGCUUCCCAGGUCCUCCAGGCCCCCCAGGGACUCUAGGCCAAACAGAUUGUGAUGAAGGGGUGAAACGACCCAUUGGUCAGGAGAUAAUUCAACCAGGUUGCAUAAGAGCACCUAAAGGAUCUCCAGGACUGCCUGGACUGCCAGGAUCUCCAGGUACCAAAGGUCUUAGAGGAAUUCCAGGAUUUCCUGGUGCAGACGGAUUUGUGGGGCUCAAAGGAUUCCAGGGAGAUGCAGGUCGAGAAGGAUUUCCAGGUCCACCAGGAUUUAUUGGACCCAGAGGAUCCAAAGGUGCAAUAGGGCUUCCUGGGCUUGAUGGAAACCCAGGCAGUACAGGAGUACCAGGACUUGUAGGACCCACAGGACAAAAAGGGCUACCUGGAGAAGUAUUGGGUGCACAGACUGGUUUCCCAGGAGAUUCUGGAUUGCCUGGAGUCCCAGGGUUGAAAGGAGAACCAGGAAGUAGAGGACCUCCAGGAUUUAGAGGAAGCCCAGGAAUGCCUGGAAUGCCUGGUUUGAAAGGUCAGCCUGGAUUCCCGGGUCCUUCGGGUCCACCUGGAUUACCAGGGCCUCCUGGAACUCAUGGCUUUCCAGGACCUAAAGGCCAAGAAGGACUACCAGGUCUUCCUGGCCCUUCAGGAUUUGCAGGUCUACCUGGUGAUAGAGGGGAUCGAGGUGACAUAGGAGUCCCUGGUCCUGUGGGGAUGAAGGGUCUGGAUGGCGAUAGAGGUGACACUGGUUUUAUAGGCGAGCAAGGCAGAACUGGAGAACCUGGAUUUCAAGGGAUACCUGGAAAGCCUGGCCUCCCGGGACCAAAAGGUUUCAAAGGGUCUCCUGGUAUGGACGGUUUCAAAGGCAUGUUGGGUAUCAAAGGAAGAUCAGGAAUCAUUGGAUACAAAGGAGAGGUUGGCAAUUUUGGAAUUCCUGGUUUCAAAGGUCUACCUGGUGAACCAGGCUUGAAAGGUAGCCGUGGAGAGCCAGGACCACCAGGAGAUCCUCCAAAAUUCCUGCCAGGAAUGAAAGACUUCAAAGGGGAAAAAGGAGACGAAGGACCUACCGGUGGGAAAGGAUUUUGGGGUACAAAAGGUGGACAAGGAAUGCCUGGCAUGCCUGGCCAGACAGGAAUUCCUGGGUUACCUGGGAUACCUGGUUACAUCAAAGGGGUCAAAGGUGAAAUUGGUAUUCCUGGAGUACCUGGCUUGCAAGGAUUCCCUGGCCAGAUUGGUUCCCCUGGUAUCAGAGGCUUUCCCGGAUUUGUAGGUGUUAGGGGUGACAAAGGUAUGCCUGGACGAGAAGGACUUUAUGGUGAGACUGGAACGAUUGGAGAUUAUGGUGAUGAAGGAGACACUAUAAAUUUACCAGGAAGACCAGGGGUGAAGGGAGAGCUGGGCAUAUCUGGCCUUGGAGGUGAAAAGGGAUUCACAGGAGAAAAAGGCCUAUCAGGAGACCAUGGUUUCAUUGGAUUGAUGGGCCUAACAGGAUCUCAAGGCCUUCCUGGACUGAAAGGACAGACAGGUUUCCCAGGACUGACAGGCCUCCAAGGACCUCAAGGAGACCCUGGUCGUGCUGGACCUCCUGGUGAAAAGGGAGAUUUGGGAUGGCCAGGAAUUCCAGGCUUAUCAGGUUUCCCUGGCAGCAGAGGAAUCAGUGGACUGCAUGGCUUGCCAGGCACUAAAGGCUUACCCGGAUCUCCAGGUGCAGAAGGCUAUGGGAAUCCUGGUUUCCCUGGCCCUUUUGGUGACAAAGGAGAAAGAGGGGAGCCUAACAUAAUUCCAGGCCCUCUGGGAGCACCUGGGCAGAAAGGCGAAAGGGGAGCCCAAGGGGGACAAGGCCCAUCGGGGAGCCCAGGAAUUCAAGGACAUCCAGGAUUCACUGCACCUUCCAAUAUCUCUGGGUUACCCGGUGACAAAGGAGCCCCAGGUCUAUUUGGACUACAGGGUUACCGAGGCCUGCCAGGAACACCUGGACCCUCAGCUCCCCCUGGAAUCAAAGGAGAAGUGGGAAGUCCAGGACUCCCUGGAGAAAGAGGACCCAAAGGGUGGGUAGGAGAUCCUGGAACCCAAGGCCGACCUGGAGUGUAUGGACUCCCAGGAGAAAAAGGGCCUAGAGGACAACAAGGACUCAUGGGAUACCAUGGAAUACCAGGAAGUAGUGGUGACAGAGGCCCCAAGGGACCCAAAGGAGACAGAGGAUUCCCUGGCACUCCUGGUACUAUGGGAUCCCCUGGGAUUCCAGGAAUCCCCUUGAAGAUUGUCACAGAGCCUGGAGUAGCAGGUCCCCAUGGAAGGAGAGGGCCCCCUGGAAUACAGGGAGAGAUGGGUCCCCAGGGCCCUCCAGGUGAUCCAGGUUUACGAGGUCUCCCUGGAAAACCGGGACCCCAAGGAAGAGGUGGUAUGUCAGCCCUUCCAGGAUUCAGAGGUGACCAGGGUCUCAUGGGACAUCAAGGACCAGUGGGCCAAGAAGGUGAACCAGGACGACCAGGAAGUCCAGGGCUCCCUGGCAUGCCAGGUCGUAGUGUUAGCAUUGGUUAUCUCCUGGUGAAACACAGCCAGACUGAUCAAGAGCCAAUGUGUCCAGUUGGCAUGAAUAAACUCUGGAGUGGGUACAGCCUACUGUACUUUGAAGGCCAGGAAAAAGCACACAACCAAGACCUUGGACUGGCUGGCUCGUGCUUGGCUCGGUUCAGCACCAUGCCUUUCCUGUAUUGCAACCCCGGAGACGUCUGCCACUAUGCCAGCCGCAAUGACAAGUCCUACUGGCUGUCCACCACCGCGCCGCUCCCCAUGAUGCCGGUGGCAGAAGAGGAGAUCAAGCCCUACAUCAGCCGCUGCUCCGUCUGCGAAGCCCCUGCCGUGGCCAUUGCUGUCCACAGCCAAGACGUCUCCAUCCCUCACUGCCCUGCAGGCUGGCGCAGCCUGUGGAUCGGCUACUCCUUCCUCAUGCACACUGCGGCCGGAGAUGAGGGUGGCGGACAGUCGUUGGUGUCGCCGGGAAGCUGUCUGGAGGACUUCAGGGCUACGCCUUUCAUCGAGUGCAACGGCGGCCGAGGGACAUGCCACUACUUUGCCAACAAGUACAGCUUUUGGCUUACCACCAUCCCGGAGCAGAGCUUCCAGGGCUCCCCCUCCGCAGACACUCUCAAAGCGGGGCUCAUCCGAACUCACAUCAGUCGCUGCCAGGUGUGCAUGAAGAACCUCUAAUCCUUUCCGGAGAGAGAGCGCAACGUGCUUCUCCAACGUUGUCUACGAGGGUCAAUUUUGGUGCUUUUAUCUUAACUUAUUACCUCAGAUUACUGAACAGGUUGGGUUUUGUUUUUAACAAAAGGAUUGGCACCAGUCGUUUCUCCAAUAUUAAAAUGUCUCUUGCCUGUCUAACCUCCCCUGCAAAAAGAACCCUCCCCUUUUUUCUAACAGCCUGACCCUUCAAACCAAGUAACCACUAAUAGAUCCACUACUACUACUAAACAUGCCACACUGGGUAAGCUGAUGCCACUCUGUUUAGCUAAGUCAGUAAUGUGUUUUAUAUCCAUAUAUGUACACACAUCAUAUUCUCCAUUGCAGCCAAAUAGGGACCAAGUUGGGCUUGCUUCACAGAAUCCUUCAAGGUGGGGCAAUAAAAUGAAAAUAGGUGGUCUGGAUGGCUAGGAACUCCCAGGAAGACAUAGUCUAUCCUCUCAUUUUAUUACAACCUAGCAUUACAAAAUAGGAGUGUCUUGGACCUUUUUGCCUUUUUGGGACUCAAAAUCACACUGUGCUGUAUUUUCUAGUCAGCAUGAUAGCCUUAUAAAAAAGAGUUCUCUUUAUACUCACAUUGUAAAUACCUUUCUCUUCAUAUCGAAAGUAUUUAAAUACUUGCACCUUCAUUAGGACAAACUAUGAUGUUUUUAUUUUGAAGUUUUCUUCUCAUCACAUAAAUAUACAAUUGGGUGAUAUAAAUUCGUAGCACUUUGGCAUUAGAAAAGAGACUUUAGCUAUCAUUUAGCCAAACUUACUUAUUCCACACACUUGAAAACCAAGGCCUAGAGAAGGUAAUAGACUGUUUUCCAAGGCCACACAACAGAGCUGAGCCUGGAAUACAGGUCUCUGACGAAUAUAUUUCUGUGCUCUUCCCUUCUAUGACGUCUUCACUUUGAGACAUGUCUAUGACCAACAACAUCUUUUAGAAGGAUGAACUUCCAAAUUAUCAUUUGUGUCUUCCGUUACCACGAGUUAUCAUGAAGAAGUUGUGUUUCAUUCCCUUUAGAAAUGUGUGCUUUUUAUGAUUGUUCCACCCUGGCUGUAACUAUAACGAAAAUAAAAGUGUUCUUGAUUUAUUUUCUAAAUCCCAAA